GCAGCCAGUCCUGCAUGGAGGUCACAGCUGAACAGAAUCCCAUUGAUCUUAUACAGAAUUAAAGAGAAAUUACAACAAACUAGAGACACCUGCUGCCACAUAAAUCUGACAAGAACCAAUUAGAGAUGGAGCUUCUGACAACCGCUCUUGUCAUUGUACUUCUUACAGCAGCCUCCGCUAAGCCGAUUGGCUGGCAUCGGCACCAUGAUGCUGACAUCACUGAAAAUGACAAGCUCAAGGAAUGGCGGUCUUGGCGGUUCACUGAAUCGUCCAACUCCAAAGAUUCUUCUUCAGAUUCGGAUCAGUCACCGAAUUCACAUGAAUCUAGUGAAUCCUCAAAAAGUAAAUCUUUGGAGUCCUCUGAGGAAGAUAUAAUCACCAAUAAGACAACAGUAGUCGUGCCCACCACUGCCAUGAUAACCGUCACUACGGCAGACAGGAGUACCCUCACCCCUGAACCAGACACAGCGAGCACAGAUGAGCCAACUAUUACUGUGACGACUCCACCAACAGUACCCACCACAGAUGUUGUUGUCACAUCACCCAGCAAUGUGACUCAUUGUGUUACCAAGGAAAUUCCAACGCCAGCUCCUGUUACAGAAAACAGAGGAGACAACUAAGCAAAUGCCACUCCUCUUAACCAACUGCAAACAACAACUAACAACUAUGCUAUGCUAUUAAAAAUGUGUCUUUUCCA